UUAUGUGUAUGUAACCCAAAAAGUUGUGUUACAAGUUUCAGUAAGGAGCAUAUUAUUGCAUGCACGUGUAGUCAUAUAAAAACGAGGCGAUAAUUAACCUAUCAUUGUCUUGGCAAUUCUAGUGCGGUGUGCAUGUGAAUCUAUUGGGCGAUUGUGCAUUUGCCCACCAGAUGCUCAGCUCAUUUCCUGGAUUUAUGUACAGUAAAGCAGCUGCAUACAGUAUGGAAAAUACACCAAAAAACAAACUUCACUACUAGAAAACAGUAAAUAACUCCUGGACGAUCAAUCAUGGAUGGUUCUACGAAUAGUCUAGAGUGACGAGUUUGACUGAAGAUGGCAUCGCCCACCGCCCGUGCAGGGGAGUACAGUACGGCACAGGGAUGUGUUUUGGUGGUGACGUGCUCGGGAUCACACGGCUCCCGAGGACGAGUGACGGGGACGGACGCUCUCUGUCGGUGGUGACGCUGCCAGGGUGGUGGUGUUCACAGGAAGGAGCUGACAGGAUGAUGUGUCGGCAGGCAGCAGCGCUGAGUACCCAGACCGGGUGUCCGUGAUGGAAGGGCGCCUUCAGUUGCAGGAGAACGAGAUCACUCUGCUCAAGUCGUCACUGGCCGACGCACUGCGCAGGCUCCGCCUCCACGACCAGCUGAUCCCCCUGCUCAAACAGCAGCUCAUCGCAGUGAACCCUGCAGCGGCCCGUGUCCUGAACCAAGUCUUCUGCUCUGAUGGUUUCUCCAGUUCCCGUAAACUGUCGUCCAGCUCAACCCUGGAUGGCACCCGCCACCCUGCCACCAGCCAAGUGGGAAACAACAUUGAAGGUGAGAAUGGUCACUAUGGGGACAAUGGAUCCCUAGCCCCUAUGUGUAAGGCCCCUACAUAUGAUCGGGCUACCCAAACAGAGCUCACCCCGCUGGGGCAGGACCAGGGGCUAGACGGGGUCCCACUGGCUCUCACCAGUGACAUCCAGAGCCUCUCCCUGGAAGAUGCCCUCCCCAAGGGUAUCUCUCUGACUGAGGGGUCCCAGGCCAAGCUCCACCGCAUCCAGGGGCUUGAAGAGGAUGAUGAGGAAGUGGAGAAGGAAAAGGACCUGAGCAGGACGUCUUCUGUAGAGGAGCCCAUCCACCCCACCACCAUCAGGAGCCUCCAGAGAGAGGACCUCCAAGACCCCAAUGGCUCCACGGAGAGCCUGAGUUCAGCCCGCCAGACCCCAAUCUCGGGGUCCCCAGUCCCCCCUAAGGACCUGCCCCCCAGCCCCCGGAGCGGACCUCUCUCCACUAUCCUGGAGGGCCACAAUAAACCCUUAGUUCGCAGGAACAGUGAGAAACUGGCAAAGGACCCCCAGGAGAAGACCAAGAAGCGGUUGGACAAAAAGGCAGCUUCUUCGGCCAACCUCCUCACCCGAUCCCCCAGUCUGGAGAGCCGGACCAAAGAUCUCAUCGCCAGUGCAGGUUCUCCCGGAUCGAGACGAGGAACCCAAGGUCAAUCAAUCAAAAUGUUCAUCCGCGGCCGACCAAUCACCAUGUACGUCCCCUCCAACAUCCAGAACUACGAUGACCUGAGGAUGGAGCCACCUGUAGAGAAACUGGAACUCGAUUGGGUUUACGGUUACCGGGGGCGCGACUGCCGAGCCAACCUGUACCUGCUGGCGUCGGGGGAGGCAGUAUACUUCAUCGCGUGUGUGGUGGUGCUGUACCACAUCAACAACCGCACUCAACGCCACUACAGCAAACACACAGACUGUGUCCGCUGUCUAACCAUCCAUCCAGACAAGGUGCGGGUGGCGUCGGGACAGACUGCUGGGGUGGAUAAGGAUGGCAAGCCCCUGCAGCCUUAUGUCCACAUAUGGGAUUCCUCCACACUGAUCACCCUACAACAGAUAGGACUGGGCACGUUUGAGCGAGGUGUAGGAUCUGUGGCCUUCUCCUUUGCAGACUCUGGAGCCUUCCUCUGUGUGAUUGAUGACUCCAAUGAACACAUGCUGUCUGUGUGGGACUGCGCCAAAGGAACCAAGCACGCAGAGGUUAAGAGCACCAAUGAGGCAGUGUUUACAGUAGAGUUCAACCCCAACGACAGCACCAACAUCAUCACCUGUGGGAAGUCUCACGUCUACUUCUGGACGCUAAGUGCUGGCUCACUCACCAAGAAACAGGGCAUCUUUGGGAAAUACAAGAAGCCCAAGUUCAUCCAGUGCUUUGUGUUCAGCCUGACGGGAGACGUGCUGACUGGGGACUCAGAGGGGAACAUCCUGACGUGGGGCAAAUCACCCGGCGACGUCAAGACACUGGGGAAAGGGGCCAAAGAGACAUUCCAGAUCAUGCGGCAGACGCGGGCCCACGACGGCAGUGUGUUUACUCUGUGUAUGCUGCAGGGGGGUGCUCUCCUCAGCGGCGGGGGCAAAGACCGUAAGAUCAUCCGCUGGAGCGCUGACCUUGCACCCGAGAGAGAGUGUGAGAUUCCAGAAAGGUUUGGGGCGGUCCGUUGCAUUGCGGAUGUAGACGGGGAAGAGUUGUUGGUUGGUACCACCCGAAAUGCCAUCCUGAGGGGCACUUUCUCUGACGGCUUUGUGGCCAUAGUACAGGGCCAUGUGGAUGAGAUGUGGGGCUUGGCCACACACCCCUCCCAGGAUGUCUUCCUCACCUGUGGACAUGACAGACAGGUGUGCGUGUGGAACACAGAGGAGCACAAACUGGACUGGUGCACCACGCUAGAGGAGUAUGGGCUGUGUGCUGAUUUCUGUCCCAAUGGGGCUGUGGUGUCUGUUGGGCUCAGCACAGGCAGGUGGCUGGUCCUUGACCUGCAGACCAAAGACAUAGUCUCAGACUACACCGACGGGAAUGAACAGCUGUCUGUAAUGAGAUACUCAACAGAUGGUAGCUUCCUAGCCGUGGGUUCCCAUGACAACUUCAUCUACAUCUAUAACGUCACAGAGAGUGGACGGCGCUACUCCCGCUACGGAAAGUGUAACGGUCACUCCAGCUUCAUCACUCACCUUGAUUGGUCCAAAGACGGGAAGUACAUUAUGUCCAACUCAGGCGAUUACGAAAUCCUUUACUGGGACAUCGCUGGAGGCUGCAAACUGUUGAGGAACCGCUAUGAGAGCAAAGACAGAGAAUGGGCGUCCUACACCUGCGUACUGGGUUUCCACGUCAUGGGUGUGUGGUUGGAGGGUUCAGACGGUACAGACAUCAACGCCCUCUGUCGCUCCCACAAUGAGAGAAUGGUGGCGGUGGCCGACGACUUCUGUAAAGUCCACCUCUUCCAGUACCCCUGCCCAAAACCCAAAGCUCCAAACCACAGCUAUGAGGGCCAUGGCAGUCACGUGACCAACGUGCGCUUCACCCACUGUGACAGUCACGUGCUCUCCAUGGGCGGCAAGGACACCUGUAUCCUCCAGUGGAGGGUCAAGAGAGGAGGGACGGGGGACAGCGGUGGAGACCGCCUACACUCCUCCUCUUCCAGCUCCCCAGAACCUUAAGGGAGAGAGGGAGACAUGGAGAGAAAGACAGAGACUAAGAGAAUUAUAGAGAGGCUGAUAGAGAGACAAAGGGGAGAGAACGUUUACAGAGGGAGAGGGAGGGAGCAACGUCGAAAGAGAGUGGCUUCUGGACUUGUGGCGUAGUGUUUGUGUCUGGCUUUUAAAUCAUAGCAGGUUUAGGAAUCGCAUCCCUGAUGUCCACAGGAUUCUCUGUUCAAACAUAAUGGAGUUUUGUAAUGCAGAUAUGAGCCACACAUGACGUAAUGAAAACAUUUAAUACAUCUGGGCACAAUUUACUUCUCAGAAUGAGUGAAAUGCUGUUGCAUCUUUGUGAAUUUUCUAGAUUGAUGCAAUUGAAAAAGGUCAAACUGUUAACAACUGACUGUUGGGACUGCCAUCAUUAAUUGACGACAAAGGGAUCAAUUGUUGAAAACAUUCCAAAAUAUCCUAUUUUGUUUACUAUAUUGUUUACCAUGCCAACUUACCCUAGUGGUGUUUUAUGGUUAUUGUCUUCUCAUAAAUGUCAUAUAAAAUCAUACAUAACUUGUGCUGUUGCGAUCUAUGAAUAUUGAACUUUUUAUGUGCUUCUGACAAAUUUAAAAUUUUGCUACAUGUUGACAAUCACUCAAGUGCCUUAGAAUUGAAUAACAAAAAUAUUUUCUUUACUCAUUGUAGUUUAAACUAAUCUCCUGAGUAUUAGACCAAUUCUGAAAUGUUUACCUUCAUUGUACACUUUGCUUUUGUAUUGGAUUUCUUCUAUGUUUAUUUAAAAGUACUUUUGAAUGGGUCGUGGUUUUCUUUGUCUCCAGAUAUUUCGAUCAAUAAACUAUGACAAACUAGUG